AACAGGUAAACCACACAGAAGCGGAUGUCGAGUAUAUGCAUACUCCUCAUUCUAUUCAUGAACAUAAUAAAGGAUUGGAUAAUCUAGAGGAUCAAGAAGAAAUCGACAAGGAUGAGUGUGCUAUAAACGAGGAAGAUGACAUUGAUUGUAGUACAAAAGGUUUAUCGAAGCAGAAAAAGGUUCGAGGACAAACAACAUGUAAGAAUAUUCAUGCAAGAAAUUUGGAAGAAAGGGAGGAGGUGACAUUUGAUAAAGGACAAGAAGUUGGUCCCACUGGUAAGAUAGUGUCGGAAUUAACCAAUUUUAUUGGAACAAUUGCAAGGAAUCCUAGAUUCAUCAGCUUGAUGUACAUUACUUGACAUGCGGUGCCAAAAGAUAUUAAAAA